GGCUUGACUUCCACAUCAUUCAGGCGCCGGAUUCCAAAUGCCGGGUUCUUCUCCUUCUCCAGUCUUUGUAUAUAUUUCCUGGUAAUCCGUUCCUCUUUCUCACUGGCAAAAACACAAACAGGUUGUCCUAUCUCAUUUUCCAUAGGAUCUUCUUGAUGGUUUUCGGAUUACUUUAAUUUAGUUAACUUGCAUUAUGUUAUGUUUAUAGCGUAACUGGGAGCAAAAGUAAAUGGCAGCGCUUGUACCAGGAGUACUGAUUAAGCUUCUCCAGAAUAUGCAUUCCAAUAAAAAGGUUCGUGGAGAACAUAGAUCAGUCCUUUUACAAGUCAUCAGCAUUGUUCCUGCUUUGAAUGGAUCAGAACUAUGGCCAAACCAUGGUUUCUUCAUUAAAGUUUCGGAUUCUUCCCAUUCGACAUAUGUCACGUUAUCCAAAGAGGAGAAUGAGUUCAUAUUGAACAACAAAUUGCAACUUGGCCAGUUCUUUUAUGUUGAAAGAAUGGAGCCUGGAACUCCAGUUCCAGUUUUAGUAGGGGUGAGGCCACUUCCAGGGCGACAUCCAUUUGUAGGUAACCCCAAGGAUUUAAUGCAAAUGUUGGAACCAUCUGAAGUCACUGUUCGAAAUGCUCAGGAAGAUGUAAAUGGUUCGAAGUUGAAUGAAUCGCCUGAAUUGAACAAAGAGGACACUAAGAACAAAUUUGUUAUCAAAGAGCAAAAGACAGUUGUUGCUUCCAGGUACAUGCGAGGAGUAUUAACCUCUAACACAAAGAUUGGAGGGCUUGAUCAAGGUACUGGUGUGAAAGGCAUUGAGAAUGAGAGCCGUGGAGCUGCUAAAAAGGCCGUACCUCUGAAACAGAAACAAUGUGAGCUUAAAGGAAUAAAUAAGCAUAUGAAAACUCCAAGAUUUUCAACAUUGAAACUCACAACAAGCAAACAAGAAAGCAUCAGAGAAAACAGUCAAUCCUCAGAAGCAUACAUGCCUUGGUCCUCGCUACCGACCAACCUUGCAAAGCCUGGGAAGGGAAUACUUAGGAGGGGAUUAUUAGCUUCUUUAGUAGCAGCAGAAGCUCAAGAAGAAGCGAAGGAAGCAGCAAAACUUCUUCAUUGCCUCAGAAUGUUUGCUGAACUGUGCACCUCAGCAUCACCAGAAUGUCCCCAUAUAUCUCUCUCCAAGUUUUUCGCGCUCAACAAUCUCAUUGAACUACCCAGUACUGUUAAAACAAAAGAGCUAACCCCAGAUGAUUUUGCUACCAAAUUAUCUGUUCAUAAGAAGGUGAAAGAAGGGAAGAUGACAUGUUUCAUGAAUGGUAAAGCUACAAGCAAGUCUUUGAAGCCUUCUGUGGAACUUUCUGGGUCUGAAAAGCUAGAGUGGGCAAAAGGAGAAGGUUCCAAAGACAUCGUGGAACUAAGAGAGCUUCUGUUAAAUGAAAUACAAUCUUGGUUUCUCAAAUUCUUGGAGGGAGCACUUGAAGUUGGGUUCUGGCAGAACAAGCAGGAACAAAAAACGAAAGUAAGUGUACCACGCCAAACGGAGUCAAAACAUCAAAUAGCAUACACAUUAUCACAGCUCAAGCAUGCAAAUGAAUGGUUGGACAAGGUAAGGAGUACCUUAUGCUCAGACAAAAACAAUGUGGCUGAAAGAGUUGAUAGAUUGAAGCAAAAACUUUACACUUGUUUACUGCUUUACGUGGAUUCAGCCGCUUCAGCUCUUGGAAAACCAGCCUCAUAGACAAUAAUUCAUGGAAAUGGACCAGACAUCCUAAGAUGCGUUCGUCAUAUUCUAUUUAUGUAAACAUUAUGCAAGAAGCUAUUUAAAGGCCACCUUAAAAGUGGCCAAUAAGCUGAUAUUUAUGGUUCUGUAUCUAAUUAUUUCUUGUAUUUUUUUAAAAAACAAACUGGUUGUUACAGUAAGUUAAUGAUGACUUACUUGCAUUGCUGUUAAUAUUUGAAUGUAAUUAUUGGCGGGGGUUUAAGCUGGAGGGCGAGGGCACAUGCAAAAUUCUCAAGGAUAGAAAUCCGAGUAAUCUAGCAUGUGCCCUGCUUCUCCAGCUUAAAUAACCUGUAACCUACAAAUCACUAAUUCUUGCGGGCACCUCAACUAGUCCACCUAGUA